GUGGGCCAACCGAUAUAGACCACAACACCAAAGUGCUGUUGAUAAUGUCCCUUACUCUUCAGUCACAAGACCAAUUCAACGGCCGAGAUUUCUUGUAAGAUCACAUCGCACCUUCCAAUUCUUCCCUAUAUAUCAUGACCCUCGACGCCAACCCCAAACAAGCUUCAAAUCAAACACAGCUCCAAUAUCUCACUACUCAACCGUAGGAUUUAAUCAAAAGUAUGCGGAUUUUAUCCAUGAAAGUGAUUCUAAUUUCAUUUGGAGUUGUUUCCUUCGCCAUGGGAAUCAAAUUCUGCACUCCGUUAUUUAAUCAAGUACCUGUGAUUUGGUCUAUAAUCCUGCCAUGGACGAGGCCUCCAUAUUUAUAUCUUAUUGUUAAUGGCAUCAUCAUCACCAUUGCAGCCUCCUCACGCUUUCACAAGGUUACAUCCUCACCGUCCAUAUCAUAUGAGCGGUUAGAUUCAGUCAAAACACCUCCGCCGUCGGAUUUUGCUUCCUUUCCGGUUCAGCCGGAGAUUAGCGCUGCUGAUGAACGCUCACUUCUGGAGGAUGAGAGUGAGAAUAGUGUUGUGGAGGUGAAGGCGAUGCUGAUAAAUGGUGCAAAAGUUGAUAUCGAUCCAACUGGAGAAGAAAUUGAUGCUGAUGCUGAAAUUGGCGGUGAAGACAAGGUUGUUAUCUCGACUUCUACGUACAUUCCGCCGCAUACGAUUAUUUCUCCAGUUCAAACGGAGUUUCUACCGCCGCCGGUAAGAGAGAAACCCUUGGAUCCUCCGCCAUUUCGUCACCGGAAAAUUAUCAGGAAUUCUAAAGGUGCAAGGAUACCGAGAGUGACAAGGUCAAAAAGGCACGAGACAUUAGAACGUACGUGGAAUAUGAUUACAGAAGGGCAUCAAAUACCACCCACAAAGCACCUUAAGAAGUCAGAUACGUGGCAACGCCAUGAACAUCAUGAGAUCACAAGUCCACCAGAUGAUGUACCAAAAUCGAAUACUUUCAAGACUCAUACGAGCUACAAGUCCCCAAUAGAAUCUCCAUUGAGAUUGGCUUCGAGUACGGAGAUUUCAAGAGAGCUGUCGCCAAGUCAAGAUGAGUUGAACCGUAAAGUCGAGGCAUUCAUCGAGAAAUUUAACGAGGAAAUGAGGUUGCAGAGACAAGAAUCACUAGAUCAAUAUAUGGAGAUGGUUAAUCGUGGAGUCUAGAUUAUACAGGUUUAAAUAGUGGUUUAUUCGUAAAUAAUAAAAAUUUCUACAUAAAAAACUGUAAAGAAAAAAGAGAGAGAGAGGACUCCAAGAACUUUAUAAAUUUGUAAUUAGAAUAUGCUACUUGUACAUAAUAAGGUAUUUACACUUUAAUAUAGAAGGGGGUCCACUUUGAAUAAAUUAUAUUUUAUUUGAAGUGGAUUUCUUUCAUGUAAAGGAGGUAGACACUGCUAUAAAUACUCUGAUGUACGCAUAACAUAAUCCUUUGAAAUUUAGGUAUAGUUUUUGGGAAGCCUUCUUUUAUUUUGUAUUAACAAAUCCAUAUAUAACAAUUAACUAGAAAAUAUAUGCGAAA